AUGUUUCGCCGAACGUGCAAUCGAUCAUUUGUUCUAGCGGCGUCGACCGUCCGCCGAGCGAAGUCUACGAGCAACGGCGGUGGCGUCGGAUUUGGUCCCAGACCGCUGGACGGCGUCCGGGUGGUGGACAUGAGCCGGGUGGCCGCGGGUCCUUACUGCGCGAUGGUGCUGGCCGACAUGGGCGCGGACGUGAUCAAAGUAGAGAGACCGGUGGCCGGCGACGACAGUCGUCUUUACGGGCCGCCGUUCGUAGACGUCAGUGGCGACGGCGGUGGUGGCAAGAGCCGGUUGAGCCUGUACUUCGUCUCGCUGAACCGGAACAAGCGGAGCGUGUGUGUGGACUUCCAGCAGCCGGAAGGCCGGGCGAUCAUCCGGAAGUUGGUCGAGCGGUCGCACGUGCUCAUCGAGAACUACAUACCCGGCACGUUGGACAGACAUGGCAUUGGAUACGAAGAUUUACGCAAGAUAAACCAGAAAUUGGUAUUUUGUUCGAUAACUGGUUAUGGAUCCAAGGGACCAUGGAACCAAAAACCAGGUUAUGAUGUUAUUGCCGCCUCAAUCGGUGGUCUAAUGAACGCCACCGGCGAUACCGUUCCAGCAAAAUGUGCUAUACCUAUUACCGACUUAAUGACUGGCAUGUAUGCUCAUGGUGCCAUUUUAGCGGCUUUAUAUCGCGGCGUUGGUGACAAAAUUGACUGUGACCUAUUAUCGACUCAGCUUUCGAUGAUGUUCAAUUUGGGAUCAAAUUAUUUAAACGCAGGGAUGUUAACGAAACGAUGGGGUACUGAGCAUGAAAGCGUAGUUCCUUACAAGGCCUUUAAAACAGCAAAUGGUUUCCUUACUUUUGGUACCGGCAACGAAGCACAAUUUAAAUCAUUUUGCGAUCGAGUAUCAAUUCCAGAAUUAGCUACGGACGAGCGAUUCAAGAACAACGAAUGUCGCGUUAAGAAUAGAGAACAGUUGUAUAACAUAAUUGAACCAAUUUUAGAAUCCAAAACAAACGAAGAGUGGAUGACGAUUUUCGAAGGAGUACCUUUUCCUUACGGUCCCGUCAAUGAUAUGGCACAAGCUUUUAACAACGAACAUGUUAAGGAUAUAAAUAUUGUCCAAGAUGUUGACUGCUCAUAUAACGUAAAACUUAAAAUUGUCGGUCCAGCAGUUACCUUCAAGAAUAGCAGUAAUGCAAUCCGAAGAGAGCCUCCGUUGUUGGGUCAACAUACAAAUGAAGUGUUAACAUCUUUAGGAUACAGCACUAAUGAAAUUGAAUUAUUGCGUUCAAAAACCGUAAUAUGAUUUUUAAUGUUUUCCUUUUU